GCCACGGGGCCCAGCGAUAGACGCCCGGCUUCGGACCUACUUUGGUGACAAGGGACGGAAGGAUGGCCACAUUCUCGGGGGCCAACUUCCUCCUCCUACCCACAGGCCACCGAGGACCGACCACACGCACCAGCGCCGCUCCCUUUCCCGUUCCGAGAACAGUCCAGGACAGGUCUCAGCAGGGGCCUGGGCUCAGAAAUGGCUCUGGUACCCUAUGAGGAGACCGCGGGAAUGGGGCUCCAGAAAUUGCACAAGCCUCUUGCCACCUUCACCUUUGCAAACCACACCAUCCAGAUCCGGCAGGACUGGAGGCAACUGGGGGUCGCCGCGGUGGUUUGGGAUGCGGCCAUCGUUCUUUCCACAUAUCUGGAGAUGGGGGCCGUGGAGCUCAGGGGCUGCUGUGCCCUGGAGCUAGGUGCUGGCACCGGACUAGUGGGUAUAGUGGCUGCCCUGUUGGGUGCUCAUGUGACUAUCACGGAUCGCAAAGUAGCAUUAGAAUUUCUUAAAUCGAAUGUUCAAGCCAACUUACCUCCCCAUAUCCAACCCAAAGCUGUGGUUAAGGAGCUGACCUGGGGACAAAAUUUGGGAAGUUUUUCACCUGGAGAAUUUGACCUGAUACUUGGAGCUGAUAUCAUAUAUUUAGAAGAGACCUUCACAGACCUUCUUCAAACACUGGAACAUCUAUGUAGCAGCCACUGUGUGAUUCUUUUAGCUUGUCGGAUACGCUAUGAACGGGACAGUAACUUCUUAGUGAUGCUGGAGAAACAGUUUACUGUGAACAAGGUCCACUAUGACCCUGAGAGAGAUGUGCAUAUUUACAAAGCACAGAAGAGAAAACAGAGAGAGGAUUUAUAGUUGUCUGUAUUUUAUAAGAAUGUUGUCAGUAAGUGGUCAUCAGUUAAAGACUAAAGACUAAGACUAGGAAUCUAACUUUAUUAAUAAAAUGACUUACUGUGGCUGUCUUUCCAGUCAAAGCUGCUUGAGGGACCACGGACAUGGAGCCUACUAAAUCAGUGAACAUUAAAUAUGCGUAUGUGAUCUGG